AGUCAUACAGGAAUGACAAUGCUUGGAAGGAAACACAUCUAAUGCAUUUUCGCUAAAAAGAACUGUCAGUCCCAUUGCUAUGAUUUCGCCGGAUCAACUACGUGGUCUCAAUGAAGCAGAGUAUGUGGAGAUCAUCAGGUACAUUAUUGCAGAGUACGACGAGCAGAACGCCUCCUUCAACAAACUCUCAUCCGAUCAUCAGAACCUUCAUUCACUCUACGAGGAUCAGAUGAGCGCAAUUAAAGAAACCCUGUCCCAGAAGUUAAACGCGCCCCACAACAUUUCUAGCAGCAGUGUUGGAGCAUUCGAAGUUGUGGAGGAGGCUGUCAGAGAGCUUAGUUUGCAGCAUGAAGAGGAAAUCAAGUCCUUAAUGAAGGCCAAAGAUGAUGAAAUUGAAUCGAUUACAAGUUCGCUCGUCUCCCAUGACAACCGAUAUUUUAUGGAACAGAUAAAAGAACUACAGAGUUGUAUCACAGAGCUCACCGUCUACAUGACACGUGACACACAGUUCAUCCCUCCUGCGUCCACCUCUGAACUGUGUUCUGCCGCUAAACAGUUCAUUGUUUCAAACCACGCCGUAUCGAUGGCUGAGAUGGAGUCUAAACACAUGUUGGAGAUCAACCAGUUAAAGGUGGAACUGGAAGAGAAGAUGAGAGAUCUAGAAAUGAGUCACGCUUAUAGUAGAGGUGAUCUUGAAGCAAAGUACGACCAGAUCCUCCUAGACAAAGAGGACGGGUACCAUGAGAAGAUGAGGUGUCUGGACGAGCAGGUUUACUGUCUGGAGAGUGAGUUAACCAUGUUGAAGGGAGACAUGAGUAAAGCUGAGCUGAGUGCUGAACGAGAGGGGAUCGAGAGUGAACUGAAGUCCUCUUCUAAUGAGUUCUUUGUUCACGUCACAGAACACGCCUCUCCACCUCCUACUUUUACUGAUUCCAACAGAUAUAGGGAAGAAAAACAAGAGGUUCUCACAACUCCUAAGAAAAACAUCCCUAAGCGUACUGCAAGCUCGGGAGUACAAAGAUCGCAGAGUAUGAAGCAACCUAAAAAGUCGCAAUCUUCUCCGGCUUCUAAUCGCAGGAGUAGUUUCUCUACUUCUGGUAUUAGGCCACCCAAACAGCGAGCCGUUAAAAACAAACAAGCUGCUGAGAAGGAAAACCAAAAUGAGAUGAAACCGACCAAACUUAAUCCGGUCAAAGAAAAGCUCGUUAACCAAGAAAAAGAGGGCAAGACACUGAAAGUUAAAUCUGUUUGUGCUUGGAGUCAGACACUCGGUGUCCCUAUGUUAAGUUCUACUUCGCAGACUGUGAUUCGUAACUCAACGGAUAACUGCUCCCAAACGGAUGACAUCACCGAGGGCAACAAGAAGAUAAAGAAAUCAAGUACUCAGGAUGAUGAAACUAAAAGAGAAGAUUCUAAGUUCAAAAACCAAGUGGACCAGAUCGAGGAUCUCUGGAAUGAUCUGAUUCCCACAGACGACAGCUUAAAUCUGGCUGAUUGCAGUUUCGCUGCCAUGGAUUUUUCUAUUCCUACUGAUUGUAUAACACAAGAACCUGUCGAGAACACAGAAAUCCGUCAUCUCGGUCUGGAGGACACAGAAAUCCUCCCAGAAGAGUACAUCACAUCCCGGGAGAACAGUGAGAACUACCUGGACAACAUCUCACAGGGAUCAGAUGAGGAGGAGGGAUUACAGAACAGCAACGAUCUCUUUGGAGUGUCCGGGGAUGAUAUGAUGAGGUCACGUGACACCACUGGGUCUCUGAACGAAGACUCACCACACAAGAUGAUGGGUCGGAUACUGGCACAGCGGGUCACAGAUGAAGUGCUGAGAGGUGAGAUGGAGGAAGAAGGUGAAAUGUCAACCUUCCAGGAGAUGCAGAUUCUGCUAGCAAAUAAGGAACAGGAGAUAGAAGCACAAGAUUUCCAGAUAUUUGAGCUGAGAGAAGCGUUAGAGCGAUCACGUGAGGAUUCUAAGCGUCUGAACAUGCUCAACAUGAUUCAUAUGGACACUGCAAUCUGUAGAGACGUGUCUCAACCUACUGUAGCGGACAUUGCAUGUAGUCCUAUCCCUCCUCACCUGGAGACAAGAGGGACACGUGACCAUGGCAACCAGGAGAUACCGUCACGUGACCUGGUGGAAGUUGGGGUGAACACCAGCUUUGUGUUUGAGGACGAUAUCAGUCAGCAUCCUCACAAGUCGAACAUCACCUCGCUGCUAGCUCAAUUAAAUCUAGAAGACACCCGAACAGGUAACAAGACUCUGGGAGAUGAAACACUAAACACUACUACUGGAGCACCCGACCUGUCAUUGUUUGACCUGACCCUUACUACAGGCCUCUCUCACUCUGAGAAUCCUGAGCAAGCUACACUCAUCAACCAUCUCUGCGAUAUCCAGUCGGAAGCGAUGAAGAUACAGGACAGAUCAGACGAGUUGUGUCGGGAUAACGAGAGAUUACACAACCAAGUGGGAGAGCUGAGCAAGGAGCUGGAGGUGGAGCGAGGCAAGGUAAAGAAUAAGAUCAGAGAGAUUAUGGAGGAGAGGGAGAAAAACAAGAAACUUGAAACUCAGAUACUUGCGAACAAUGAGCUACAAGUGAAAAAAGUGGAGCAACUGAAUAAAAAGUUAGCUCAAGAAGAAACAUUAAGGAAGAAAAGUCAACACACUAUCAAAGCUAAUAAAGAGUUGCACAAGAAGAAGUUGGAUGAAGUGUUCGCAUUCCACCAAAGAGAACUUGAUGAGUUAACUGCAAAGAAGGAGCUGACUGAAGAACAGGCGAAAGGGCUAGCCAAGCUAAUAAAUGUAGAACCGGACAAGGAGCUUGUCUCGACUGAUUGUCAAACCAGCUUGGUAUUCUCAAACUUCGUGCUGCAUAUGAGCACAGAGACCAAGGGGACAUGUCCAGAUAACACACCUCCUAACAACGACACCGACUCUCUCAAACAGCAGCUCAUCCAGGUAGAAGAGGAAUACCUGGCCCUGAAAGACCAGACUCGCUCUAUAGAAGGAAGAAGUAACAAACUAGAGGACCACAACAGGCAGCUCGUGCAACAAGCUCGCUUAUUGGAGGAACAAGCCAGGGAGACAGAGCAGAUUUACCUCCGACAAAACCAAGAGAAGAACGCCCUUAUCGAAAUGACUAACAGAGAAAAAAAAGAGGUUGAGGAAGAGUUAGUGAAGAUGAAAGAAGUCGUAAGUGUGAGCGAAGAGAUCAUAUCCUCCGUGGUUCCCAAUUAUCUGAUGAAUAACUCGGAUCUCCCCACUAUGCAAUUAAGAGACAGUCCGAUGAAUGGGGAUCAUUUCGCCGUUGACAGCAGUCAGAUGAGUAACGACACAGUAAACUUCUCUUGUCUGACUAAUGCUGGGGAAGAGUGUGCCCUCCCGGGGGCUACGAGAUACCUGGCUGGGUUCUACAAGACUGCCACCGAACAGGUGCAAGAAUUGGAACAACUUCUACAUCAAAAGGACUUUAAACUCAACUCUCUUGUGUCAACAAACUCUGGGCUGAGCAACCGUCUCUCCCAAAGCGAGGCAAAUCUAAAAUCGCUGAAAGGGAAGAUGUCAGACUACGACGACAUUAAAGAAAAGUUACAAGAAGCAAACAGAGCUAUAGCAAAACUAAAAGGAGAGAUACUGAAACUGAGCACUGAAGCGCAGAAUGCUCAGUUCCAGGGAAAUUCAGCAGACGAUGAACUGAUAGAAGAGAACGAGGAUCUGAAAUGCCAGGUGGAGAAACUGGAGGAAAUCAAAGCAACGCUGCUGAACGACGUCCAACUUCUGAGGGAGCAGCUUGAUGAGGAUCAAGUCAUGAACGACCAGGCAGCAAAAGAGAUUGCUGAAGCAAACGAACUCAUCGAGCAGCUGAAGUCUCAUAAUGACAAUCUAGAAGAAACUCUACAAACGUCAGAGGAUAGAAACAGGACUCUGGAAGACAACAUACGCUCAUUGGAGGAACAACUAGCUACUUUACAGACCCAAAUUAAACAGGAGAAGACUGCUAAUAGGGAGCUGCUGGAGAAAGCUGAGGAUGCAACCUCUUCUAAAAACAGCAAACACAAUAAAGAAAUGGCAGAUCUGCGCACUACACGUGAUGAGCUGCAGAGCACAAUUGACCAGCUGAAAGGGGAGCUGAGACGGAAGGGGCUCGAAAUAGAGGAAGUGAACGACAACAACUCUUCCCUCCAGAGGAAACUAAACAAACUGCAACCCUCUCUUGAUUCUUAUGAAGAGGAGAACUUGAAGUUGAAGGACCAGCUGAGUUCUCAGCAGGCACAGAUGCUGAAGCUAAAGAGAGAGGUCGAGGAACUGCUAAGUGAUAAAGAGGGACUUGGCGAGAGUUUGUCGGCACUGAGGUUAAAGGUGAAUGUAGAGAGGAAGCAUGUUGGUACUCAGUCUAAAAGCGUCAUCGAUCCGUUUGUUAACGCUAUUAAAAGUAACGUGAGUAGCACACUAAAACUGAAGUUGAAAGAAGCAAAAGAUAAAAUCUCACAACACGAAGUAGAGGCUGAAAAUCAAGAAAAGGCUCUGAAGAAAGUAACAAUCGAGUUGCACGAGUGCAAGGAACAACUCGCUAGUGCCGAGGAAAAGAUUGAGAAACUUGAGUCAGCACUCGACGACUUGAAAGGGAAAGUGAACGUCCGCAAGAAGUCAGCGAGCUCUCAGGCAGCAGUGAGCAGAUACGACGUAGGUUCGACCUGUACCCUAUUGGACAGUAACAUGGACCCUGACCUGCAACAGAACUACGACAAGCUCAAGUCUCAGUUAGGAGAAAUGUCAUCAGAACUAGAGAGUCUGAAGAAGACCAGGAUUGAACUCGAGGCUCAAGUAACUCAGAUACAAACACAGAAAUCGAACAGUGACAACCUGUCGGAGCAGCUGCAGCAGGAGCACGCAGCAGCACUAGAACGUCUACGAGCCACUCUGAAUCUUGAGAAAGAGGAAGCGUUGAACGUUCUGACAAGAGAAGCAGAGACAGCCAGACAGAAACGAGAUGACUCUUAUCGUCAGGACCUGGAGAGGAGAGAAUUGGAGAGCAAAAGACAACUGGAGAAAGUUAUCGGAGACAUGGAGAAGAAGAGGGAGCAGGAUUGUGCAAUGAUAGCCAGGAAAGUAGGUCUGGACCCCAACUCUCUUGCUACAACAGCCCCUGACUCUUCCCAACUUACUGACAGAAUAGAGGCCCUACACAAUCAGGCGCUACAGAUACGAAACUUAGCGCUCUCUUUCUACGAAGCGAGCCAUCCGCCAACUAGAGAGGCGUCUGUGCAAGCGAUUGUUAAGAUGUUCAAAUGCUCUACUCAGACCCCAGAUGUCGACAUAACGCCCCCACCAAAAUCCAGUGAAUCUCUACACGACUUUAUCAAGGUGUUUAAAGAAGAGCACGAGAAGCAGACGGAGGUUUUGUUAAAGCAGCUGAGGACGGACGAGAAACCAGUCUCCCCCUGUGAGGAUGUGCCUCAACUUAAAGAAGAAAUUAAGAGGUUGAGAUUGUCAUUAGAAACAUACACGACACGAUGCGCGAUGUUGGAACACAACAGCAGAAUUCUCAAGGACCGGAAUACCGGACUUGAGAACGACAUGAUCGCAAGUGCAGCUCAGCACAAUAGUUUCCUUAUGGCUGACGAGGAUUCACAGCUCUACAAUUCGCACGCCCAAAGACCCGAGCCGCGCGACCUUCGCAAGCGAUUGGCUGCGUGCCAGAGUGAGAUUGGAAAACUUCAAGACAAUGUUUCAGAAUAUCAGGAAGCCAUAGAGCAUCUUGAGACCGAAUUAGAUCGAGAAAUAGAGGAGAGAAAGCGGGCAGAAAAACGAAUGAGGUCUGCUGAGUCGGCUGUUAUCGAAAUAAAGAACGACGACAUAAUGGCUCGGGAUUCUAAGGACGACACGUUAAAUACGGAUCUAAAUCAAGCGAAAGAAAGUUGUCGUCUACUGGAGACGGAGAACAAAAAACUGAAAACCGCUAAUGGGAAAUUGCGGAACUUGAAUAAUACUCUGAUGGAAUCAAACAAGCAGCUGAAACAUGCUGAUAACGAAAACUACGUUUUAAAUGUUAGCAGCAAGUCGAGUAAUCUGAUACACGAGAUAGAUAACUUGAAGGAGGUUGAGGAUCUCCGGAUGGAAUUGACGAGCAAAGAAACAGAUCUGGCGCGAAAAGAAAACAGGAUCAGUUUGUUAGAGAGUGAAAUAGACACAAAAAGCAGCAUGAUUAAAGCUCAGAAGGAUGAGAUGGAGUCAAAGGAUAAGGUUAUCAGAAUGAUAAAAUCGGAGCUGUCAGCACAGCAGCUAGACAUAGCUGAAUUGAAAGCAAUGUUAGAAAUAGAGCGAACUAGGGGCGAGGAACUCGAGAGACGACUCAAAUCGUCUGAUCUCCGGCAGCUGGACGAUUCUUCUGCUAGGGACGAGUUGAAACGUUUAAGGUCCGAAAAUUCGGAGUUGUUAAAAGAGUACGGACCUGGAUCUCCAAACUCCAGAUCUCGAGUCACCAAGGCAUAUCUUAAGUUUUUAAGAGCAGAGAGUUACAGGAAGGCCCUUGUUUUCCAGAAGCAAUACUUGUUGAAUUUGUUAUCCAAAGCAAAAGCAGUAGAGAAUGCUGCUUUGUCAAUACUUGAGAUAAAGCAAGAUGAUUCCAAGAAGACAAAGCCGAGGUUUAAACAUGCUGUAUUUCUGGUGAUCGCCUCAAUUCGCAUGAGGAACUUGGUGGUGAAAUGGAGAAAAGUUAGGGAAUCGUUAGAAGAAAAACAGAGAAGAAAGCAGACCCCGUCAACUUGUCACAGCUCUCAAUUAACAGAGCACAGAGCAUUGACAUCUCAAAACGAUAUCAGACCGCCAGUGUUCGACAAGUCACCUUCCCCAGUUCCCAAGAUAAGUAGCACAACCUCCCUUCACUCGGGAUACCCUAAGUGGGACUCCUCCAGACCGCUCAGUCCUCCAUCACAUCCCAGAGACGGCCUCUCCAACAGGGUGUACGGAUCACCCUCUCCCGAUCCCUCCCUGUCACGCCUCGAUCAGCAACUUGCUAGACUCCGACAAACCAUCAACACUCGCGCUGCCUACAACGAGCAGAAAAAUGACCGAUCACGCGUGAGUGAUCACGCAUCUCCGUUAGCACGCGUGAGCGAUCACGCAUCUCCGUCAGCACGCGUGAGCGACCACGCAACUCCUUUAUCACGCGGUAGGAACGAGCGCGUUACGCCUGAACGAGACAGCGGCGUCUGCAAGCCAGUUCAAGGCGAAGACGACAGCUCUGGGACUCUGUCAGACAUUUCAAACUAUAUCUCUCGGUUAGAGGCAGUUCAGUCUAGAUUGACUGAUCUGAAACUCUCCUCUUAUAAAAUAUAUGACACAAAUAAAUCACUUACGUAGCGGUAGCAUUACGUAUUUACGCGUACAUGUUGCAUUGGUGUAUUUCGCUUUUUGGGACAUUUUCUGUGGAUUCUAAGGCAAAAUCGAUAUGGUCUUAUAAUCCAGGCAUAAAGUUUUCGAUAAUUCAGAAAAUUAAACGUGUCCUAUUUUACUAAGUCUGGUUAUGAUCCUUAAAGAUCACAAUAUUAAUACCGUAACAGAAUAAUUGCUGAGGCGAAGUUUUAAUUUGAGGCUAUAAUUUUAGAUAACUGCAUUGCUUUUGUAAAUAUUUCAGUACUAUUUCGUGUGACUGACUACAUAACAAUGGUGCACCAUUGUCGCAUUUGACUCUCAAGAAGUUCUAAACAUGGAACUGCAUACUGGAGUUUGUUAAUUAUUGAAUUAUUUAUGCGAUAUAUUUACCUUUGUCAUUCUCCGUCUUCAUGAUCAUUAAUAAUAUGAAUAUAAUCAUUUGUUAUUCACUGCAA